AUAAUGUUUGUUUUGAAAUUUGAAUGGUUGACUGAAAAAUACAAAACGGCAGUUUGAAUCUUCUCGAAAGCUUUCGCAAUAAAGUGAUCAUGUUACUUAGAAAUGGGGAAGUACCUACAGUACAAAAACAUCUAAUGACAGCAGUUCCUGAUUCAGAAAAUACUAAAGGCUGUUAAGCAGUUUUCUAGCAGGAACACUGAGUUGUCUUGACCUUGAUCUGACGUGUGGACCUUUGACAGGGUGAUGUUCUGGAAUAGGCCCGGCACCAUACUGAGACAUUCAGUACCAAGAGAGAGAGAUGUCAUUUCCAUCCCAAAGCUCUUCCCAGGCAGUAGGUGCUCCAGCCCUGAGAAACUUCACCAUUCCCAGAAAGAAGAGGGGAGAUGGAAAAGCUCUUUUGGAUCCAUGCCCCAGUGACAGCAGAGAUUUUAGCCUGAUACAGUUAAUGCUGAAUGAGUCCCGACUGGAUAUGGGAAACGAGACUUUACUGACUUGGCAGUGGGAUAAUGUCAAGCUAAUACACAACGAGGAGCUUCUGCGAGAAUUCUCAGAAAAAAGGUCUGAAAUGCGUUUACAUGAUAGACACAUCAGGGAAAUGGAGGAGAGGUUCUGCUUUUUAGUCACAUCGGACCAAGAAGCAGCUCAAAUCUACCAACACGGAUUGAUGGUUGAGAACACAGAUCAACAGUCUCUGGGGAACCCAUCAUAUGGGAUCUAUUUACACAAGCACGUUGAUGUCGCCCUGAAAAAUGUCAGCGGCACACCUGCCGGAAAAGUCCUAAUAAUUUUCAAGGUUCUGUUUGGCAAGGUGAAAAAAGUGCCUGUGUGUUUCGGCAGGAAUGGCACACAUGAUCCGACAGUGAAUUACGACUGUCACAUGUCCAAGGACCCCAUAGCCCCAAGGGACAGCAUGUCUCAGCAAAUCUUGGGCUCCUCUUGUACAGUGGAUGCAUUUUAAAAGUUCCCUCCCUGGGCAAAGGACCAUGUGACCACGACCAACCGUUUCUGUCCACAGGUGUUCCUGUUUGACUACAAUGAAAACCAGGAGCUAAAAUUAAGACCAAGGCAAUGUUUGCCAUAUGCUAUGGUUUCAUUGGUUCCUCUGGUGAACCCUUCCCUGAAUAGCACUCCAGUUCCAUCUAUGAAACUGGGGCCAAAGACAAAGGUGGCAUAUUUGGAAACACACAUGUUGGCACAUAGAGCCAGAAAGGGACAGAAUGCGACUGUGAUAUUCAAUCAUUUUGGGACAACAGACAGGCCGAGACCUGAAUACAAACCUCAGGUACUUGGAAAAACCCCUGCAUUUCUAAGAGGUGAUCAACAGGACACCCAGAACAUCUCAUCAAGCCCAGACAAGUCAUUUGACAACAGUGGCCACCCGGUCCCACCACACUUCAAUAGCUGUGACCAGAACCUACUGACCCCACCACCCAUUAGUAGGUGUGAACAGCUACAUCUGCCCCUACCACCGUUAAGUUCCUGGAAGCCCCAACAACCCUCGACCCCGUUAAAUUCAUCACCACCCUUCACGGGUUCACUUCAGUUUCUGGAGAACCAUCAACUACUUACUGACUCUGGGCAUUUACAAACCCCAAGUCAUGCAGGUGUAGCUAAAAUGGACCAUAAUGAACUCUACUAUGGUAACCAAGUCCAGUCUUGCCAACAAGGUCUGUCUACAAGGCAAGAUGGCUCAAGGCAACAGUCUACAUUUGCGACUGGUGCAUUGGAACAGGUGUCUAGUGUAGUUUAUGCUUCACGUGUGAUUAAGGAUCCCAGAUUGUCGGCACGAGAAACUAUCAAUGUGCAGGGAUUGAUUUCAAAGGGGAUUGAAAGAGAUUCACAAACAGAUCCUUUGGUUUGCAAAUUGACUGAGAGCCCAGAGAAUAACAAUCUUAAUUUAAAAAAGCAGGAGAAAACGCAUAGGGAAACUGCAUUUAAGGAUGAUCCAAUGCCAAGCCAACCUAAAAUGCCACAAGGAGGUCCUACUGCUUCUUUGGUGAAUAGUUCAGUUCCUCUGUCUGUAAUGAUGUCAACUGAGAAUCAGCCAUCAUCUAGCAUGCUUAAAAUGAAAUUUCAGGAGUAUUCUCCAUAUCUCCAUCUGACUAAAGAGGAGCGAAAGGAAAAGAUUUGGUCUCUACAACAUCUGUCAUUACAUGAAAAAAUGAUAUUAUUAGACAGAAUAAAUGUUUAUGCACAUUUCUUUCACAAGUCCAAGAGUCUACUCAGUCAAAAUGGCAAAAUCACCUCGGCAGACCAACGGCAGCAAUGUAAUCCAGGAAGUACAAACAUUUGCUUGCCCAGCACAGGCACAAGGGAGAUGUGCAACAGCGGUCAAGAGACUAACACAGGCAUGCUGCCCCAAAACACCAUGAAUAGUGAACAUAGUCCAUCAAUUUCAAACCAUCAUCCAUCAUUUGUCAGUGGGGCUGUGAAGGAAAGCGCGGCACGCCCACUUGAGAGGAAUACAGACCAGAUAGAACUGGAGAAAAUUAACAUUUGCCGUCCUGAACCUGCAACGAUGUAUAUCACAGAAACAGAAUAUGACGGGCACAAAGUACCUGUGAAUCUCCAGGAUGGAACAGCUGUGAGUAAUGACCCACUGGCUCCAUUUCAUCCCGAAAUGACGACCACCGAAAGCAGUCAGGACACGGAGGUGAGGUUUAAUCUUAACUCGGCAGUGGAGCAAAAUCUUCAGGAUUGUCUAAAUGCAAACUUUGAAGCUAGCAGACAGAACUCAGAGACAGUCUCUCAAACGAAUUCAGUGACAGAGGAAAAGAUUCAAGGGACAGCACCUGAAAUCUUUGAGGAAAACAGACAGAGCAGAGAACAGAAGUGCGAACCAAUAUUAGCAACAGAGGGAAAACGGCUACAUUUUCUAAGUUCAGUGCAAGGCACGCAUGAAUCAGAACCACGGUGUUCAGUCAUUUUUCAAAACCACACGGAUAUCAUGGAGGCUUGUGAGGAGGUUCAUGAUACAGAAGCACCAGAGGUAGUUAUAUGUGCAGACCACUAUCCUGGAGUUCUCUCAAGUGAAGGUUGUGAAAGGCUUUUGCAGAAAGACGGAGAACGGAAUGAAAUAGACUCAAAUCGAGAAGAAAUAUCCAAGACAUCUGAUAAUGUGCAGGCUGAUGAUUCAGUCUACAGUUUCCUGUUGAAAAGGCUGCAGCUCAAUGAAGUAUUUUUUCCCCCUUAUCAAAACAGAACAUGCUCAAUUUCUAGCAAACAUUAUCUUAAACCAAAAUGCAAUGACAGUUACAUGGAUGUCAAUGCAUUAACAAUUCUGUCCCACAAAACAAAACAAUUAGAUGGAAAACAACAAAGUAACAUUCGCGUCACAAUAAUUGCUGACAGAGAUUAUGCAGCUGUCGCAGAGUUACCCUCACUGUCCAAGAGAUUUUCAGUGUCAGAGUCCCUUGAAGGAACUCAAGGUUCACUCACUGCACUGGAUAAUGAAAAACUUACCCACCACAGAGUUAUCAGUGAAAACAGUGACUCUAUUCUGAAAGCCACCACCUGUGACACUUUCAACAAGGCACAUGCCCAUAAUGUAAGGUUAAUCAAAAUAAUGGCAGAGAAAUACAAAGGAAAAGAAAAUGCGUACAUAAGGAAAAUGAGAGAUCGUAAACAUGUAACAGUAAGGAAAAGAGCUGAUGUUAAACAAAGUGUCACUGACAUUUCAUACUCACAACAUGCAUCCCAUCUUGUGCAGAGUGAAAAUGUACAUGUUCCCCACAAAAAAAGAAAUUUCAAACACAAAACCUUUUCCCCUGAAACAGUCAAAAGAAACAUCAGAGCUCGAACCUUGGGGAAGAAAUACAAAUCAUGUUCUAAAUCUAAAUCUACAAAGGUUAUUUCUCACAAUAUUUCUUUGUCAAACCACUCAAAAACGUCAAAACAGGUUCCUAUAAAAUCAAGAAAAGGCACAAUCAUGAAGAUGAUGAAAGUUUUUAGAAGAAGCAACCAUUGGGGGACAGUCAGUUACAAAAGAAUGUGCAGUCAAGUCAACAUGCCCAGGGCUCUUGCAGAGUCUAUACCUUUCAGCCCAACAUCCGCUGAUAAUCAACUUCUGAGAUGUAAUGCUUUUGAGAGGAAACCAUUGAAGGCACCAUCUGGAGAAACACCAUCUAAAGAAAAUGAUCAGUAUAUGAGGGAUAGCAAUGAAAGUAUUAACCAGAAGAACCACGUAGCUGAUGAUGACACAAACUCACCUUUGUUAACCACAGAAAUAAUCCAUGAAGAGAAUGCAAAAUCCAAUUCUGGGAGCACUACAAGUAACUCUACAGAAGAACUUCAGCACAGUAAAGAAGCACAGGAUCUAUCUAAUACAGAAACCUCUCAGGAAGCCCAGAGUAUUUGCACCAUUCUUCAGAACAAAUUGCUUUCUCCAAAUUGCACAAAUAUGCCUGGUAUAAACAAAGUCAAUGAGGGGGAAACUAAGCAUAGAAAACAGGAGAAGUAUCUGCAACAAGAAAAUGCACUAGAAGCAGAUACACACUCUAUGAAAGAAUUUGAAGAGUCCAGUAGGGCUAUGGACCCUGCUAAAGAGAUCAUUCCAACCACUGAGAACAUGGAGGUUCCCUUAGAUGCGGCCAUCGAGAUACUUUGUGGCACUGAGUCACGUUCAAAUGUGCCCAAACCACAGGAAGAGAUGACUUUGGUUUUGCCGUUAAUGUCUGGCCAAUCGAGGACAGAGAAAGCAGACACAUCAGAUAAAGCACAUUACUGCACUCCACAGGAACAAGAAAACAAAAUAAAUACAUCCUCUAGGGAGGUGAAACUCAUCAGUAGAUUGAGAGAUUACUUGACAGGUUUUGAGUCCACAGUUAAGAACUCAGAGAAAACAACAUUUUGUGGAACUGCAGCGCAUUUGCCACCAAUCUCUGAAACUCUCCAGAAUAAUGCCAAUGACCAAAAGGAGCAACCCGUUCAACUUGUCGUGCUUGACAGGGUGGAGUUGAACCAUCUGAGGCCUAGUGGCCUACCAAUCCCAACCAAGGUAUGCCCACCGAAUCACCUGAUUUAUAAUAAAGAGCAACCACAAAAGGGAAAAACAACAGGGAACAAUAAAAAUGAUGAUAGUGUUACUUGCAUUAGCCCUGAUAGUACUUCCAUGUUGGAAAUCCCUGAAAAUGUCACUCUAUCUUAUCUGGACAAGAAAACCACUGAAGCAGAAGUAUCCACAAGUGUACCUGACAUUUCCCAUGGGACCAAAAAUGCUGAGACUUCUGCAUGGAGAGAACGAAAAAAUCCGCCCAAGGGCACAAUCUAUGCAAACCAAAUGACCACGCUCAAAGCCCUGGAAGAAUCAGAACCGGAGAAAUCUGAAUUUUGCAAAACCAAAAAAGGCAAACAGAAGCUGACAAGCCACGUUGUAAAGCUGAACACCAAGUCUAUUCAUAGAGACUUCACUGUGGGUGAUAUCUCAGACACGCUAAAGCUUGGAGACAAAGCAGCAUCCUUGGUUGAACUCUGCCCGAUACGAGCGAAGUGCAAAGUCAUGCUGCAGUACUUCAUCUCAAACUUUGAGAGAAAACAGAAUGUUGAGGCAAAUAGAACUAUCGUCUCAAGAGAUCAGAUUUUAGACCAAUAUAUGGAGUGUCCCCCCAUACCAAUUGAACUGAAGUACGAAGCUUUGAAUUCUUUUCUGGAACUGCAGAUAAUGAUGGAGGCCUGGCAAUUUGUAGAUAACAAGAUGCGAUAUUUAAGUGGACUGUCUACAUUUAGGAGUAUGUUGUGGUAUGAUCCUACUCUGUAUGGAGAACUCUACAAAGGGAAGGUGGGAUUUCAGCAGCAGUCCUCUCUAUAUUCAUCAUUCCAGCAAAACCUGAUCAAUGAAGGCCCAAUUGCAUUGCAGAGGUACCAUUUGGCUGUCUCAACAUUAAAUCAACAGCUGCAAAGUACCCCACAAAUGUCAUAUUACAUGUAUCUCAAAAGCAAAAGAGAGAGGUUGGAGAUUGAGGCUGCGUUACGAAAUCCUGCUGACAUAGAAAGCUUUUUCCUCUCUGUGCCACUGUCUUGCAUGGUAAAUUUUGGCAAUACUGUGGAAAGUUUAGAAAAGGUACAGAAACUCGUGACAACCUUCACAGAGACUCCCGCAGACAAGUUGGAAGACGGAUUUGAUGUAGGAAAGGCAGAGCACCUUGCCAUGGUUUUCCGAUUUCUUCAAGAGAAAAUCUACUAUUUGAAAACUUGCAACAACACAAUGGUCAGCAAGAUGUCUUGGUUUGGCAUGGAACACAUCCUGUACGAUGCAUCGAAGAUACUGGUGUGGCGGGAUGUGAAACAAGUUGCACCCCAUGAGCCACUUGCGAAAUACAAAAAAACGAAUCCACAAAUUGUCUAUGGAGUGACGGAAUCUGGUGUUUCACUGUUCCAUACAAAUGUAUCAAAGAGGACCCAGCUGAUGGUAACGACAAGGACGCCAUCACCAAAAUUCAGAUUGGCCAACCGAGCAUAUAGAACCAGAGCUUUGGGUCGAGGGAGGCUGCCCAUUGACAAGACUCGCUGUUCUCAGAAUAAAAAUCCUAAAAAUGUGUCUAUGCCAGUAAUUGACCUCACAAAAUCGCCUUACAGGGAUGAACCAAACGUAUACCACCUGACCGAACCCCCAAGCAAAAAUGCAACCCAUAUUCAAGCUUGGACACACCAACAGAAACCUGUGAAGAACCAUGUCAUUAACUGGGGUGAAAGGUUAUCCCAACCUAUGCCACCAUACCCUGAAAUCAGGGCCUGUCUGAGGUCUAGCAAAGGGGGCAUAGAUCCAAACUCACAGAUUAAUUUACCUGCCUCUUUGGGAGCGGAGGCAAGUAACUCAGAUGGACGACAGUGGAUCUUAAACUGGGACCUCCAGAACUUCCAGGACCCAGUGGGAGCUGAUCCAGGGCCAGGUCAUCCUUUGUGGAUUAAUGUUAGGGACAGUGGCCACGCCCCUAUCAUCGAGCCAAUCCUCUCAGAGCAAACACAAAUGUCUUCCUGGACAAGUCUUUCAUCCCCUUCUCUCCAGCCCACUUCAUCCGUAACAGGAGGAAAUACGGCACUACAGUCUCUGUGCUCCGUCCCACCUCUCAUUAGCAUUAAAAAUCAGGUUCCUCCACUGUGUGAACCCACUCCAAUAAAUUAUCCCUUUUUCCUUCUGAAUGGCCAGACCUAUUCCACGGCCAACCCUGAAUUAUCCACAGCAACACUUAACAACAAAGAAGCAUUUCCUCUCUACCCUGUGUAGGGUUGUUUUAUGGGGCAGAUUUUUCUAGCAAAUACGGAUCAUUUGGAAAUGAGGAAGUGGUGUUGUUUCCGUGUUAAUGUUCCCCCAGGCAACCUAUGCAAGUCACCAAAAUAACUCUUAAGGAGAGUUGGAAACACAUUUAUUUUAGUUAAUUUAUUUAAUAUUUGUACACACAAUUGUAAUUAAUAAUUUUUUGUCUUGUUUUAAUUGUUGUAACUAUUUCUGCUUUUUUCUCAGACAUUCCAAUUGCGGAUUAACAAUAUCUGAUUGAAAGUGUCCAAUAUUUUCUAACCAAAAUGAAAUGCAGAGUGUUGUUAACUUAUUCCUCAGAGUGAUGUA